AUGGCGGCGCUCGGGCGGCAGGUCUUGGAUUGGCAUCGCCUGAUCCCCCUCUCCUGGGCCAGCAUCUCGAGGCAGACGCCUCAUUUUGGAGAACAGAAAAGGGCAACGGAUUCCUUGCUGCGUAAACUGACUACAGCCUCCAGUGGAGGGGCCCUUAAGGGGUUACCCCAUGUCCAACCCAGAAAGUAUGUGCAGGAACUAGAGUGCAGGACAAGCCUUACUCAGUGCCUCCUUGAGAAGCAGAGGGCUCCUGUGGAUGGAGGGUCUUCGGAGCGAGAGGAGGUCAUCAGUUCCCUCCUGGACAUGGGUUUCACUGAUGUCCAUAUCCAAGAAUUGCUCAGUAUACAACCAAGUCCCCACCCUCAACAGUUGCUGGCUGUCAUCUCAAAGUUAAUACUCUUGGGUGUGAAUCCAGAGCCUGUGUGCGUGGCCUUGAAGAAAAGUCCCCAAUUAUUGAAACUGCCUAUAAUGCAUAUGGAGAAGCGCUCCAGUUACCUUCGAAAGCUUGGGAUUGGAGAAGGGAAACUAAAGAGGGUGCUUCACUGUUGCCCCGAAAUUUUCACCAUGCAUCAGCGGGACAUUGACCGCAUCGUCAAGGUGCUCAGGGAGAAGUGCCUUUUCACGGUUCAGCAAGUGGCUGAGAUUUUGCACAGAUGUCCCUAUGUUCUUCGGGAGGACCCGGGGGAGCUGGAAUACAAAUUCCAGUAUGCCUACUUUAGGAUGGGGGUGAAUCACUCGGAUAUGGUGAGGACCGACUUCCUGCAGUACUCCAUCACCAAGAUCAGGCAGAGACACACGUUCCUGGAGCGCCUAGGACGGUACCAGACCCCGGAUAAGAAGGGGCAGACGCAGAUCCCCAACCCUCUUGUCAAGGACAUUCUCAGAGUUUCAGAAGCUGAGUUUCUGUCCAGGACGGCCUAUUCUACUGCUGAGGAGUUUGAAGUUUUUAAGAAGCUCCUGGCUCGGGAGGAGGAAGAGGAGUCUGAGAGCCACAUGUCUGGUGACGAAAGCAGUAGUGAGGAAGAGGAGGAGGAGGAUGAGGACGAGGACUAGGAGGAGGAGGAGCUGUGAUACAAGGCCCAGAGACAUUAAAGGACAUUUUAGUUCUCUCAGCUUUUGGAGCUUCACGUCCUUGGACCUUCUCAGGCUAUUUUUCAUUCUAAAACUAGUGUUUUGAUGAAAAAUUAUUAUAGAUCACCUGAGAAGUAGGUCAGACUGAGUUGGAGGUUGGUUAGUUUGAUUUGUUGUCAGGUCUCUGGGGAGAGCCCUGCUCCAUCGAAAAUAAAGACUGUCAGCAGUUGGAAUUGGGAACUCA